GAGCAAUAAAGCUGCCUGUUCCAUUGUUCUCCUAGGAGGAGAGCGUGGCUGUGUUAACUCCCUGUUGGAAGGAGAACUGAAGCAGUUCAGGAAAGAGCAUCAAGCUAUGCAAGUCGGUGUCACUGCAGCCAGCAACAGCUCAAAUGGAAGCACAGAAAGCCUGGAUUCCCCUCUCGGAACCUGCACAGAAACAGUGGCUAUCACUCCAGGGCCAGAGGAAGAGGGAUGGAGAUCCUUUUAUUAUUCAUUUAAGACAGAACAGCUUGCAACCCUGUGGGUCCUUUUUGUCGUAACAGUUGUUGGGAAUGCAAUUGUUUUGCUCUCCAUCUGGAAAAGGAAGAGAAAAUCCAGGAUGACUUUUUUUGUUACUCAACUAGCCAUAACAGAUUGUUUUACAGGCCUUAUAAAUAUAAUGACUGAUAUAAUUUGGCGCUUCACUGGAGAUUUCAUGGCCCCUGAUCUUGUUUGCCGAAUUGUUCGGUAUUUGCAGGUUGUACUUUUGUAUGCCUCAACCUAUGUUUUAGUAUCACUAAGCAUAGACAGAUAUCAUGCCAUUGUCUAUCCAAUGAAAUUCUUUCAAGGAGAAAGGCAGGCAAAAAUUCUCAUUGUCAUUGCCUGGGGCCUCUCUUUCUUGUUUUCAAUUCCCACUCUCAUCAUCUUUGGGAAACGUCAACUAUCCAAUGGAGAAGUACAGUGUUGGGCUGCCUGGCCAGACGACUCUUACUGGAUACCUUACAUGACCACAGUUGCCUUCCUGGUGUAUUUUAUUCCUCUGAUUAUUAUCAGUGUUAUUUACUUCAUUGUGAUUCGAACAAUAUGGAUUAAGAGUAAAGCUCAUGCUGUAAUUGUAUCUAACUGCUCUGAUGGUAAAUUCUGUGCAAGCUUCGCCCACCGAGGUCUUAUAUCAAAAGCAAAAAUCAAGGCUAUCAAAUAUAGUGUCGCAGUUAUUCUUGCAUUUGUGCUCUGCUGGAGUCCUUACUUUCUCUUUGAUAUCCUGGAUAACUUCAGCAUCCUUCCAGAAACACAAGAACGCUUCUAUGCAGCAGUGAUAAUUCAAAACCUGCCAGCUUUAAACAGUGCUGUUAACCCCAUCAUCUACUGUAUUUUCGGUGACACCCUUUGCCAUGCUUUCAGGCAAAGAAGAUCAAGUAAUUUGGGGACUUUCAGAGACAGAACAGAAGGAUUGGAAAUGCAGGUUGUGUCCAAACCAGAAUAUAUUUAGAGAUGAUAUGUGACUACAAAAUCAUAUGGAUUCUAAAGGCAGAAAGC